UUACGUUGCGCUUCACCCUAUUUUUUUUAACAGUCUAUGGCUUCACCUUAUGCCGCGUUUAAAACAAAUGGGAACUCAGAAGUCUCCGACUUCCAAGCAUUAACGAACUCGGAAAAAACGAAAUAUCGUUUUAACGGUCAUCCAACUCGGAAUCUUGAACAUCUUUCUAUAGCUCCGACGUGAAUAUCACUGACGUGAUGAUUUGACCUCGUUUUACCUGAGCUCUCAGUUGUCUUGAAAGCACCAUUAUAACUCAGUGUGCAAAAUUUGAGCACAUAAUGCUAACGCAGAUUUGAUUUUUGUGAAUAUACAGUACAGGCACUGGGGACAUGGCAGCGUGAAAGUAUGGCGGAUGCUGAAGAGCCGGAGAAGAAAAGAACGAAAAUAGAGGAGCUGACUGAGAAAAUGGCUGUAGAUGGAGACAGUAGAGACUGGGAUGGCCGAUGGAACCAUGUGAAGAAGUUCCUUGAGAGACCCGGCCCAUUCACUCAUCCUGACUUUGAGCCAAGCAUUGAGUCCCUUGGGUUUUUAUUGGAGACAUGCAAGAUCCUGGUCAUUGGAGCUGGAGGACUUGGGUGUGAGCUGCUCAGAAAUCUGUAUGCUAUGCUUCGCAGUGCUAGCUGUGCCACUACAGAUUCUGGGAUCGAGUCCAGCCGGGCCAUGACUUCGCAGCCAGCCAUGACCGGGAGACCCAUAAGGCGGAGCACAAUUGGCCCAGCAUCGUCCGGGUUAGGGGAGUGUUUGGCCGGCAGGGAUGUCCUUGUCUCAUCGCGCAGUAGCGACUCCUGUGGCGGGUCGUGUGCAGUGCACGCUGACACAAUCACCAGGUGUAUGGUGUUUCCUCCAACACAUUGGUGCGGCUGGCUUCCGGGUUUAUAUUUUUGUUUGUUUUUAGUCCGAGCCUUCAGCUACCCUCAACCUCUCCCACCCACCCCUCCCCAAACUGAUGGUGUUGGUUUGGAUGGGGAUAACCCUGAGCACAUCCAUUGUGUGUUCCAGAGGGCCCAGGAGAGAGCUGUUGACUACAGCAUCACAGGAGUCACAUACAGACUCACACAAGGUGUCGUGAAAAGGAUCAUCCCUGCUGUGGCGUCAACUAAUGCUGUAAUAGCUGCUGCCUGCUCCACUGAAGUUUUUAAAAUGGCUUCAAGCACUUAUAUUCCACUGAAUAAUUAUCUGGUAUUUAAUAUUGUGGACGGACUGUACACCUACACCUUUGAGGCAGAGCGAAAGGAGAACUGCUCAGCUUGUAGCCAGGUGCCCCAGGAUCUACAGUUCCCACCCUCUGCCAAGCUACAGGAGGUCCUGGAGUACUUGACAGAGAACGCCUCCCUACAAAUGAAAUCCCCAGCCAUCACAGCAACCCUGGAUGGGAAAAAUAAGACACUGUAUUUACAGACUAUAGCUUCAAUUGAAGAAAGAACUAGACCAAACCUUUGCAAAACCUUGAAAGAACUGGGAUUGUCCGAGGGACAGGAACUAGCAGUGGCGGAUGUCACCACACCUCAGACUGUCCUCUUCAAGUUGAAACUCACCUCUUAAAGGGCUAGUGCAGUUAUAAAUGUGAUUUUCUUAUCUUUAUCUAUUUUUCCACACCGAGGUUGGAAUAAUUCUGUGAAAUUGUGAAAAUGAUGAUAAUACCCUUUUAGUGUAAGCGUUGUUUGAAAAAAACUCCUGAAAUUUCAGGUAAUUUUGCAUGGGUGGAGUUUUGGCCAUCCUGGCGACAUUACCGGGCGGUGUUAAUAGACCAAUAACAGAGAGUUCCAAACUUCUGCCAAUAGCAGCUAGUUUUCAGGUUACAUAUCCCUCCCAUUAAGCUUCUCCAAUUAGGUACCACUCCGAGACAGUCCUAAUGAAAUUAUUGCUUGAGAAAUAGCUUUUUGCCAAGAAGCUAUUUUUGUUUCUUUUUUACCAUUGUUUUCAAUUAAAAUCACAGUAAGGUACUUAAUUGUUACCCAGAAAUAAUUUGAUAUUGAGAAAAAAAAACGACUGCAUUGGACCUUUUUUUAAAUGCAGAAUCUGUCGACAUUUGACAACCUUUGGGGAGAAAGUAGCAAGGGAUACAGCGUGGCAUGGUUUUAAUAUAUAUUUAGUCUGAUAAUGUAUAUAAGAUCAUUUUCUCUGUCGUAUUGGCCCAUUGUGAGAGAUAGCUGAGGUCCAUCAACCUUCUAUAUCACUAAAUGUGGAAUCAGUCUGUGAAAAUGUUUCUUAAUGUUUUACUCCUAAAUGUUUGCUCCAAACGUCUGUCUUCUUUCCCUCACUCAAAAGAGCAGUAGUUUAUAUAGGCUACCAGUCAAAAGUUUGGACACACCUACUCAUUCCAGGGUUUUAGUUGAUUUUUUAAAUAGUUUUGUUCUACAUUGUAGAAUAACAGUGAAGACAUCAAAACUAUGAAAUACACACAUGGAAUCAUGUAGUAACCAAAAAAGUGUUGAACACAUCAAAAUAUAUUUUAGGUUCUUCAAAGUAGCCAUCCUUUGCCUUGAUGACAGCUUUGCAACCAGCUUCACAUGGAAUGCUUUUCCAACAGUCUUGAAGGAGUUCCAACAUAUGCUGAGCACUUCUUGGCUGCUUUUCCUUCAUGCUGCAGUCCAACUCAUCCCAAACCAUCUCAGUUGGGUUGAGGUUGGGUGAUUGUGGAGGCUAUGUCAUCUGAUGUAGCACCCCAUCACUCUCCUUCUUGGUCAAAGUGUGUUUGGGUCAUUGUCCUGUUGAAAAACAAAUUAUAGUCCCACUAAGCGCAAACCAGAUGGGAUGGUGUAUCGCUGUAGAAUGCUUUGGUAGCCUUGCUGGUUUCUUGGCCCAAGCAAGUCUCUUCUUAUUGGUGUCCUUUAGUAGUGGUUUCUUUGCAGCAAUUUGGCCAUGAAGGCUGGAUUCACACAGUUGAUGUUGAGAUGUGUGAACUCUGAAGCAUUUAUUUGGGCUGCAAUUUCUGAGGCUGGUAACUCUAAUGAACUUAUCCUCUGCAGCAGAGGUAACUCUGGGUCUUCCAUUCCUGUGGCGGUUCUCAUGAGAGCCAGUUUCAUCUGCACUUGAAGAAACUUUCAAAGUUCUUGAAAUUUUUCAGAUCACUGACCUUCAUGUCUUAAAGUAAUGAUGGACUGUCAUUUCUCUUUGCUAAUUUGAGCUGUUCUUGCCAUUAUAUGGACUUGGUCUUUUUCCAAAUAGGGCUGUCUUCUGUAUACCACCCCUACCUUGUCACGUCACAACACAACUGAUUGCCUCAAACACAUCAAGAAGGAAAGAAAUGACACAAAUGAACAUUUAACAAGGCACACCUGUUAAUUGAAAUGCAUUCCAGAUGACUACCUCAUGAAGCUGGUUGAGAGAAUGCCAAGAGUGUGCAAAGAUUUCAUCAAGGCAAAGGGUGGCUACUUUGAAGAAUCUGAAAUAUAUUUGGAUUUGUUUACCACUUUUGGUUACUACAUGAUUCGUAAUGUUAUGUCAUAGUGUUGAUGUCUUCACUAUUAUUCUGCAAUGUAGAAAAUAGGAAAAAAUAAAUGAGUAGCUGUGUCCAAACAUUUAGCUGGUACUGUUUGUAAUUAUGACAAACUGUGCUGCAAUAAAGUGUUUUGUUAAUGAAA